AUGGCUAUGGAUCAGUUCCUGGUUCUAUUGGUGUGUCUCGCGCUGCAGCCCGGAGCCGCGGGAGCCUUCAACCUGGACACGAGCAUCCCGCUGGUGAAGGAAGGCGCGCGCGGCAGUUUGUUCGGUUUCUCUGUUUCUCUCCAUGAGCAGACGGCGGGAAAGAAAAGGUUUCUGCUAUUGGUUGGUGCUCCCAAGGAAAAGGCGGAGCUUCAUGUCCCAGCCAAUCAGACAGGCGGAGUGUACAGCUGCCCAAUCACCAGCGAGUUGUCAGACUGUUCCAGGAUGGACCUCAUUGGCUCAGAUAGCGACUUGGAUGAAAAUCAGGACCUGGUUGAGGACAUGUGGUUGGGAGUCUCAGUAGCCAGUCAGAAGCAGCCUGGCGGGAGGGUCCUGGCCUGUGGUCACAGGUUUGUGAAGUUCUAUGGUUCAUUCAGAUUGAGACAAAUGAUUGGCAGGUGUUAUAUCCGUGGUAACAACCUGCAGUACGACCCGGAUGACCUACACUGGCAGAACCCGAACCAGUUCUGCAGAGCUAAUGAUGACCAGUCGGCACCGGAAGAUGAGGUUAUGUGUAAUGUGGGAAUUUCUGCAGCUAUCACACAGACUGAGAUCAUCGUGGGGUCUCCAGGCAGCUACGAAUGGCAAGGUAAUGUUCAUGUAUCAUGGAUGAAUCCAGAUGUUCUGUAUGACACGCAACAGAGUUCCUUCCCCAACCUGGAUCGGAGGCACAUUUAUAUAGGUUAUUCUGUUGCCCAGGCUGACCGCUUGCUGAGUCGGGAUGUUGUAACCAUAGUAACAGGCGCACCUAAGGACAGUAAGGAGGAUGGGAGGGGCUCUGUCAUGUUGGCUGAGAGGAGGCGGGGGGCGCGAAAGGAGGCGCUGCAUCUCCUUCUCACACUCCGAGGAGAACAGAUGGGGAGUUACUACGGCAAUGCUGUGGCUGUCACUGACCUCAACAAUGAUGGGUGGAACGACCUUCUGGUUGGGGCUCCUUUCUUUUUUCACCACCAGAGGGAGGAGGGGGGGUCUGUGUAUGUCUACAUCAACCGAGGCGGCCAUCUUUGGCCCCAGUCCACCACCACCCUGCGGGGGCCCCUGGACUCCGGCUUCGGCAUGGCGCUAGUGGCUAUCGGAGAUGUCAACCAAGAUGGCUUCCAGGACUUUGCUGUUGGGGCUCCUUUCCACGGAACAGGAAGUGUUAUGAUCUGGACAGGGAAUGCCGAGGGCAUCUCACCAAAACCCAGCCAGGUGAUAAAGGGAGAGGAUGUGACUAGCGCUGGUUUCAGGACCUUUGGUUACUCUCUAGCUGGUGGAUUGGAUGUGGAUCAGAACCAUUACCCAGACCUGCUGGUUGGCUCUCUGGAUGACAGAGUGGCUCUGCUCAGGGCUCGUCCUGUUAUCCAGCUGAAAAAAACUCUGAUCGUCUCUCCGGAAGUCAUCAAUCCAAACAGUUGUGAGGACUGUGUGCAGGUGGAGGUGUGUUUCUCCCUCAAACUGAACCCAAGAGACCAGAGCCCCAGGAACAGUAUCAAGGUCCGCUUCACGGUGGAGGUGGACGUCACUCGACACAACUCCCGCCUCCGUUUCCUUAGCAACGGGAAGGACGUUUACCAUGGCUUCCUGUCUGUGCCCACACGUCCUUGUGCAACCCUGAUGCUGGGAGUAGUGAUUCCUCUCAGAGAUAAAGUGGAACCACUCGUUUUCUCUCUGAAUGGAUCUUUGGCGGAAGAACAGAACAAAAACCUCCAACCAGUCCUCAACCCCACCCAGUCUGAACCCAGCAGAACUCAGAUUCACAUUUUAAAGGAGUGUGGCUCUGAUAACCGUUGCCACAGUAACCUCCAGAUGACAGCUCAGUUUGCCAAUCAAGAGCUGGUUCCCCUCCCCCGUCAUCAUGGCAUUCAGGUGUUCCAGUACAAUGCCAAUGUGAAGAAGUUGUACCUAGUGGUCAAUGUAACCAACCUGCCCUUACCGUUGCAACAGGCAGAGGAUGCUCAUAGUGCAGCUUUGAGAGUUUCCAUCCCUCUGUCUCUGAAAUACUCUGGAGUCCGGACCAAGAGUCUAAAACUCAGUGAGCAGAGCGACCUGUCCCCUGUCUCUCUCUCUUUACUGGUGGAAUAUUCUCUACAGACAACCUUCUCCCUAAUCAAGCAGCCAGGCCAUGUCCAGUUCAGUGGUCAUGUGACUGGGGAGUCGGCCAUGACGGCCACGGGAGACGUGGGUAGCCUGCUGCUCUUCACCUUUCAGGUGGAUAUUAUUGGGAAGCCAUUGGGACACCUUGGAAACCUGGAGGUUGAGUUUGAGUGGCCCUUGGAGACAUCCAAUGGGAAGUGGCUACUGUACCUGACCGAGAUCCGACUGGCCGGUGCCUCAGAGCCCCGCUGUGUGCCACCUGGGAACGUUGCCAACCCCCUUAAUCUCACGGACUGCAUGCACAUGACAGCUCGCUGUGUGAAGUUUAUUUGUCCUCUGGUCAACAUGAACAACUCCGCUACCUUGUCAGUCAGAGCCAGACUGUGGAAUUCUACCAUGAUAGAGGACUACAGUGAGGUACAGUCAGUAUCAGUAGCAGGUCAGGUGUCACUGAAGCUGCUGACCAACAACCCAACAAUCAGGAUGGAGACCCACACUAUACAGUGUGCCUUCUUCAGGCACGCCAACACCUGGGAGUUGUAUGAGGCCAAGAGCCAGAGGGCCCACAUGAAGAGCCAGCCUCCAUGA